ACAGAAGUUUGUUUGGCAACAAGACAGUACCCGUAUAUGAUACAGCUGUCUAAGCUGAGAUAUUGUAUAGUAGAACGGGACACUCAUUCAACUACAUGGCGACAGCACACGAGUUGACAGUGAAGAACAACGGACGAAAUGUAUUACUGAAAUUCACUGACGCCGACCUAAUUGUGGAUUAUGGAGGAGGGAUUAUGGAUGACGAACAUUCCAGUCAAUGUUCAUCUGUUUCGUGUUUUUCCGGUUUUUGUCGUACGCAUAACACGCGACUCGACCAAGUGCCUUUUCGCCAGGUUAUUGGAGCCUAUUACGCCAAAGGCUCCUUGAAAGUUUCCUAUCUGACGAGGAACCACAAAAAGAACUUUGUAUUAUGUAAAUGUGAAGGUGCUGUAGAAGAGGAACAUAACACUUUUGCAAUGGACUGGGCCGACAAGUUGAUGGAUGCAGCAUAUAAAGGUGCAAAACAAAGCAAGACCUUGAAAGUUCUCGUGAAUCCACGUGGAGGAAUUGGGAAGGCAAAAUCCAUCUUCACGGAUCAAGUUGAACCCGUAUUCCUAGCUGCCGGCUGUACUCUUGAUAUCACAUAUACAGAAUAUAUAAACCACGCCUGCGAAAUCGCACAAGAACUUAAAUUGAAGUACGAUGCUGUAGUCACCGUUUCUGGAGACGGACUUAUCCACGAGGUAUUGAACGGAUUUGCUCAGCAUGAACAACCUGGCAAAGCCUUCGCUAUACCUAUAGCUCCUAUACCAGCUGGAUCUGGUAAUGCACUCUCCUUGAACCUGUUGGGCAUAGAAGAUGGCCUAGACUCUUUGGCUGCUGCCUUGAACGUUCUGAAAGGCCAUCCCAUGAAGGCUGAUCUCUUCUCAUUCAUACAGAAUGACAAGCGAAGAAUAUCAUUUAUGUCGCAAUCAAUUGGACUCGUGGCGGAUCUAGACAUAGGAACUGAUCAUCUGCGCUGGAUGGGCGACAGCCGAUUUCUCUACGGGUACCUUCGUGGAGUACUCUCGCUGAAAACAUGUCCUGUGGAGCUGUCAUUCCGGCUUGUUGAAGACGACAAGGAGAAGAUGGCUCGCUUUGCACAAGAAAAUACAGGUCAAAAGCCAUGCGACCCAUCGUCGAGUGGUGUAGACGAUCUGGAAGAGCUACCUCCCUUGCGAUAUCUAGGAGGUACUGAAGAGGGUUGGACGACGUAUGAAAAACCCUUUAUCUGGAUAUACGCCGGGAAAGGGCCGUAUGUCAGCCGGAGUCUUAUGCAAUUUCCUGUGUCGCUUCCGGAUGAUGGCUUGAUAGAUAUAGCUGUCAAAGAAGUGGUGAGUCUAUAUUCAUUUAUACUACUAAACAGCUGUUUAAAGAUGGUGAAGGACAACCGAGCUAAGCUCUUAAAGGCCUUAGAUGGCGCUGAGGACGGGGUUCCAUAUUGGAGCACCACGAACCGCUACUUCAAAGUCAGUGCUUAUAGAAUAAAACCUUUGGCAUCGAAGGGAAUUUUGGCUGUGGAUGGUGAAAAAUUCCCCUACACGGAUUUCCAAGUAGAGGUGCACCAACGGCUAGGCACUUUCCUGAGUCAAUACGGCCGCUAUAUGGUAAAUUUCAAGGUUCAGGAACCCAAGCAAGUUUUAAAAUGAAGGCUUUAACGAUGGAUUUGUUGUUUUUGUUGUUGUUGUUUCCUGACCAUUUAGCUCAAUUAUCGGAUCUCCAGAGAUACCAAGUUUGUCGAACUAACUGUAUCACUUUGUAAUUGUCACUUCAAAUAGCAGUUGACAAAUAUAAUUUGCCUAUGUCGAUAAUUUC